UAUUAGCAAAACCCAGCUAUGAAAAAAAAAAAAAAAAUUCUAAUAUUAACACUAAUUACCUCGUCCCUCUUUGUGACAGCAUACAAGACAACACCACCACAGCCACCGCCGCCACCGCCGCCUUAUACGGUGUCGUUUGAACCCAGCAGAUUCAUGAGAUCUGCUCUCAAGUCUCAGUAUUCCUCGAUUAUUUAACAUUCGAAGUUUCACUGCAAGUAAGUUUCCAAAAUUCUCUCAUCUAAUCAACUGAAAAGACCUCUACAUUUGACUUUAUAAUAUCUCUCGAUCAUUUCCCUGCGUUAUCUACUACUACUACUACUUCUUCUUCUUCUAAUUUUCCCGUGAAGCAAUCAGAACAUUGCAUUCUUUGGUCGGCCUAUGCAGAGAAUUAGGGUUCCGGUGAAUGAGAAGGUUUAAUGUGCGUGUUUGUGAUCAUUUGAAUUGAAUAACAGAGAACACUGGAAGCUGGCCUGGUGUCAGAUUCAUGGUUUCGAUAAAAAAGGUUUAGGGAUUUUAGGGUUUAAUAUUCAAGACAAGGGUUCUACUUGGUCUGCUGAAUCGAAUACGAUUAUUGUGUUUGGAUUACUAGGUAAUCAGGUCUCAGUUGAUCUGAUUUUGAAACGCAGAGUUAGGGUUUAUGAUGGUGGAAUGACAAUGGUAAGGCUUCUGGGACUGAGUCGUGGGGAUUCGGACGAGUCACCCAGGGAGAUCACCUCGCGAACUAACCUAAUAAGUGAGUCUGGCGAGAGCGGGUGGCUAAUCAGGUUCUUCGACUCUGCGUUUUUCUGCGAGUGGAUUGCUGUAAGCUACCUGUACAAGCAUGAUCAUGCUGGGGUACGGGACUAUCUGUGUAACAGAAUGUAUACCUUGCCUUUAUCAGGGAUUGAAAGUUAUUUGUUCCAAAUUUGUUACAUGUUAAUACACAAGCCAAGCCCAUCUUUGGAUAAGUUUGUCAUUGAUAUAUGCUCCAAGUCUCUACUGAUAGCUCUGAAGGUGCAUUGGUUUUUGUUGGCCGAGAUUGAGGAUUCUGAUGAUAAUGAAGGGAUUAGUAGGAUUCAGGAGAAGUGUCAGAUUGCAGCUACUUUGAUGGGAGAAUGGCUUCCCCUUGUGCGACCACCAAGUGAGUCCUCCAGCCCUGGGGGUAAGAACCCUGUUCUGAAUAAAAUCUUGUCAUCAAAACAGAAGUUCUUAUCAUUGACAUCUUCACCACCUGCUAAUAAGUCUCUGUCUUUUUCUCCCUCAUCUGGGAAUAGUUUAAUUGAGGAUGGAAAUUUGUUGUCACCGGAUGAGAACAAGAUUUUUAGGAAAUUUAUUCCAGGUCCAAAAGUUAGAGAUGCGUUGUUGUUUAGGAAGUCAGUGGAGAAAGAUGAAGAAGAGAGUGAGAAGGAUGGAUUUUUCAAGAGACUUUUGCGAGAUAGCAGUAGAGGUGAGGAUGAGGAGUCAACAUCAAAUUCCGAUGGGUUUUUCAAGAGGCUUUUAAGAGAUAGCAGUAGAGGAGAGGAUGAGGAGUUGACAUCACCCUCAGAUAGCUUCUUUAAGAGGUUUUUGAGGGAUAGUAGUAGUAAAGGUGAGGAUGAGGAGUUGACAUCUAGCUCGGAAGGGUUCUUCAAGAGGUUGUUUCGUGAUAACAAGAGUGACGGGGACGAGAAGUCUGUUUCUAAAUCAGUGGAAGAUGAUGAAAAGGAAGGGUUCUUUAGAAAACUUUUUAAGGAGAAGUUUGAGGACAAGAAGGAUGAGCAUGAAGAAAGGGUGAGCUCUGAAGAUAAAUUUUCUAAAUCUGCAGAAGAUGAUGAAAAGGAGGGGUUCUUCCGCAAAUUAUUUAAGGAUAAGUUUGACGAAAGGAAAGAUGGAAAUGAUAAAAUUGAUGAGGGAAAUGCCAACGGUGAGGAAGAAGAACCUUCUGAAUUUUCAUUGUUUCGAAGAUUGUUUCGUGUGCAUCCUGAGGAUGCCAAGAGCAAUGCAAUGAAUGAGAAUGGCAAUAGUGGUGGUUUGUUUGAGAGCAGCCCUGGAACUGAGAAUUUUUUCCGCAAAUUGUUUAGAGAUCGUGACCGUUCAGUUGAAGAAUUGGAGUUGUUUGGUUCAAAGAAGAAUAAAGAGAAGCGUCCAGGUUCACCAAAGCAACAGAAUGACAAGUCAAACACAAAGCCUCCACUUCCUAAUAAUACCACAUCACAUUUCAGGAAAGGGGCUUAUCAUGAAUCACUGGACUUUGUGAUGUCACUAUGUGAGACUUCAUAUGGCUUAGUAGAUGUCUUUCCUAUUGAAGAUCGCAAAAGUGCUCUUCGUGAGUCACUCGCGGAGAUCAAUAUGCAUUUAGCUGAAGCUCAAAAUAGUGGAGGAGUUUGCUUCCCAAUGGGAAAGGGUAUGUAUCGCGUGGUUCAUAUACCUGAAGAUGAAGCUGUUCUUUUGAAUUCUAGGGAAAAGGCACCAUAUCUGAUUUGUGUUGAAGUUUUGAAAUGCGAAAUGCCUAGCAAUACCAAGGAUACUUUUGGUGGUCAAAAGCUUUCCAGAGGAGGUAUUCCUCUGGCAAAUGGAGAUGCAUUUUUACCAAAGCCACCUCCAUGGGCCUAUCCUUUGUGGACUGCCCAGGAAGCAUAUCGGAAUAGUAGUGAUAGGAUGUCAAGAUCUACAGCUCAAGCCAUUGACCAGGCAAUGUCUCAUAGUUUGGAUGCAAGAUUGAAAUAUGUUAAUGUGAGCCUCUCUGUGGAGAAGCAAUUUUCUCGCCAGUCUAGGAACAAAAAAGCACAUGAUAUACACCCUGACAUUAAUUGCAGUGUUCAGCAUCAAAGAGCAACUUUUGAAGGGGAUUUGCAAUGGGUAAGGGUAGUGCUGACGGCAGAUCCUGGACUUCGAAUGGAGGACAUUGGGGAUCAAGGGCCACCUCGUCGCAGGGAGCAUCGUCGUGUUCCUAGUACAAUUGCUAUAGAAGAAGUGAAGGCUGCUGCAGCCAAAGGCGAAGCACCUCCUGGACUACCUCUAAAGGGGGCUGGGCAAGAUUCAUCAGAUGCACAACCAAUGGUUAAUGGUGGCAACCCUAAGGCCAGUGAUGCUCUAUCUGGUGAACUCUGGGAGGCAAAGAAAGAGAGAAUUCGUAAAGCUUCAGUAUAUGGAAAAUUACCUGGUUGGGACUUGCGCUCUGUUAUUGUGAAGAGUGGUGAUGAUUGUAGGCAGGAGCAUCUUGCUGUGCAACUUAUUUCUCAUUUUUAUGAUAUAUUCCAAGAAGCUGGUCUCCCUCUCUGGUUACGUCCCUAUGAAGUUCUGGUCACUUCAUCUUAUACAGCUCUCAUUGAGACAAUUCCUGAUACUGCCUCACUUCAUUCUAUCAAGAGUAGAUAUCCCAACAUCACAAGUUUGCGUGACUUCUUUGUUGCUAAGUAUGAGGAGAACUCCCCAAGUUUUAGGCUUGCGCAGAGGAACUUUGUUGAAAGUAUGGCUGGAUAUUCUCUAGUAUGCUACCUGCUACAGGUGAAGGAUAGGCACAAUGGAAACCUUUUAUUGGAUGAAGACGGUCAUAUUAUACAUAUAGACUUCGGAUUCAUGCUCUCUAAUUCACCUGGUGGUGUUAAUUUUGAGAGUGCACCCUUCAAAUUAACCCGAGAACUUCUUGAGGUUAUGGAUUCUGAUGCUGAGGGAGUUCCAAGCGAGUUCUUUGACUAUUUUAAAGUAUUAUGCAUUCAAGGCUUCUUAACAUGCCGUAAGCAUGCAGAGCGUAUUAUUCUUCUUGUCGAGAUGUUGCAGGACUCUGGUUUCCCUUGCUUUAAAGGUGGUCCACGAACAAUACAGAACCUAAGAAAACGAUUCCAUCUAAGUUUGACUGAAGAGCAAUGUGUCUCGUUGGUGCUUUCUCUUAUCAGCAGCAGUCUAGAUGCUUGGCGCACACGACAGUAUGACUAUUAUCAGAGAGUUUUGAAUGGAAUAUUGUGAGGUUAGAUUUGUGUGGUACCACAUUCUUUGCUCCCUUUGACAAUCACCAAUCCAGUGAAGCAUUUUGAUCCGAGUUGGAUUUAAAAAGCACAGUACAAAAGCAAUCGAGUUGCUGCAUUGUGGCACUGAGAUUUUGAUGAAGAUGUAUCAAAUACUGAUAACAGAGUUUGGCCUGUUUUCUCUUUGGUGUGAGGAAUUUGUAAUUGUAUCGGGUGAAACACUUUAGGAAGUCUAGCAGGCUAAAUUUUCUUCACUGGAGUCUUGUUCUUCUCACUGUUUUCCCCAUUUCAUUUGAUAUUGUAUUAUGCUGGCAAUUGGGGAAUUUGGUUGUUCAUAAAGGAGAUUAUACUCUCAACCCACUUCAUACAACAUGUACAGAUUUGUUCCCACGAGGAUGACAGGCCAGACAUGGAAAGGCUUUACGAUGCCACAGGUGCUGGUCGGAUUUCAUACUUGAUAGUCGUCAGAAGCUUACAUCUUGUUUUGUGCAUCUACAAUUUUUCCACUAGAAGUUGCUAUAUUCUCGGGAUUGAAGCUUGUCAGACAAACACGGGAUGGUUGAUCUGUCUCAGAACUGAUGUCAACCAUCUAAUGGCAAGUCUUCCCAGGUAUAACUCCUCGAUACAAUUUUACCAGAAAGUUUGUGCAGACAAAAUUCUUGAAAUCAGCAUAUGAAUAUAUUAUGUGAGAUCAUAUCCGAUAUUCUUUAAAGGGGAGAAAAGAACACCCAUGUUUAUUGAAAUCCUUGAGUUUGUAAACUAGGUUGCAUGAGAAUGUUACGUUUUUGUUGAUCAGUAAAUAGAAACUUUUACUUUC